AGGUCGUACACGGAUCCCAGACCUUCUGAAGGAGCGAUAUGAACCUAAAGCGGUGAAACUUCUCGCGAUAUCUUAAGACACCCGGCUCCAUAAACCGCAGUGAGCCCCGGCGCCAGAGGCGUGGGAGAAGCUCGCGAGAUUUCUGCAGUUGCCCCGGAGACGACGACGACGACGACGAGGAGAGGUGAUCUCGUGAAAGAAAAGAGGUCGGGAGCACUCGCGAGAUCUCAGACCGCCGGACUCGAAAGGUUCUUAGGAAGUUGACCGGCCCUGAAGAGGCCCCGGGACAAAUGGCCGGGGCUGGACCAACCAUGCUGCUACGAGAGGAGAAUGGCUGUUGCAGCCGGCGUCAAAGCAGCUCCAGCGCCGGGGUUAGCGCGGGCUCGGGUUCUGGGAUCCAGGGGCAACCUGGGAGCAAGAUGGGGGGCCGGAGGGGGAACCACAGCUCCCGGCAGCCUCUGGGCUGGGUGGGAGCACCCCGAGGGCUGUCGGGAGCUGUGGUUCCGCGGCGGGGCGGGGGGGGGGCGGUGCCGUCUCAGCUCGCGCGUAUCCCGCCCCACGCAGGACUCGGACGGGGAGCGCGAGGACUCGCCGGCCGCGCGGGCCCGGCAGCAGCUGGAGGCGCUGCUCAACAAGACGAUGCGCAUUCGCAUGACAGAUGGACGGACCCUGGUCGGCUGCUUCCUCUGCACCGACCGCGACUGCAAUGUCAUCCUGGGCUCGGCGCAGGAGUUCCUCAAGCCGUCGGACUCCUUCUCUGCGGGGGAGCCUCGUGUACUGGGCCUCGCCAUGGUACCCGGCCACCACAUCGUUUCUAUUGAAGUGCAGCGGGAGAGCCUGGCGGGGCCUCCCUAUCUCUGACCGCGGCCACGCGUGCUCGGCAGACCAUUAAACCUGCAACGAAG